AAUGCCCAACCCAAACCACGGACACUGGGAAAAGAAUCCACUCUUUAUGGCCAGGUGGAAAAGGAAAGUCCUCCCCCCUUCGAGAAGCUCAAGAUUUCAGCAGUGUCUACAGCUAACGGUGUUAAAUCUGUCCGUGAACGGCCCCUGGCAAACAGUGCUGCGGAUCCACCAGCAUCCACAGAAGAGGCUCAGCCUCUAGACAGACCCGAGGAGUCAGGGCCACCCCAGCCAGGUGGCAAAGAUGAUACUCCGGGUCUGGGAGGAAAGAAGAAAGACAUGGGAGCGGUGACAGAGGCUCAGCCUUUACAAGGAAAUGCUGAGGCCGAAUCUGGAGGAACAGACACCAAGUACACCAAGCCUUUGAGGGCCACAGGAGAGAGGGGCUCUCCAGGAGCAGUGGAGGGUACUGAGAAUCCACAAUCUGCCAGACAGAUGAAUCUUCUAGGAACAUCUGAGAAAAUCCCUCCUCUGGAAGCAGCCAGAGAGCCACAACCUCAAGAAGCAAUGGGCAAAGGUGAACAGACCCAACUCCCAGAAACAGUUCCCAGGGAGAAGGAAUCUCCAGAAGUACUGGAAGGAAGUCAGUUUGUGGAAACAGCUGGAGAGCGGCAACUUCAAGAAACGUUGGGAAAAGAUGAGCAGUCCCAACCUCUAGAAACAAUUCCCGGAGAGAAUGAAACACUGGAAGUGUUGGAAGGAAGUCAGUUUGUGGAAACAGCUGUAAACAGUGAGUUGCUCCAGAAAACUCCCGAAGGUCCCAGAAACAUGGAGCAGAGUCAACUUGAAGGAAUGAUAGUUGGAAGCAUGGAGCAUCCAGUGGGAAUUCUAGAAAUUGGAGCAGAUAUGGAAAUGGUCAGGAAAAGUCACACUAAUGAAGAGGACCAACACAUUGAAGGUGAGACAGGAGAAAAGGUUGGAACAGAGGUGGAGAAUGAGAAAAGAAGUGAAGGGCCUGGAACAAAAGAAGAAGAAACAGGGGAAGCCGUGGAUCUUUCCCCAGCCACAUAGAUUGGCGUGAUCGUAGAAGGAUGAACGGACACAGUGUGUUGUAACAGAGAAAAAAAUGGACUGAAGUGUGUGGGUAUAGAUCUUAUCUUUUAUUUUAUCUUUUAAUGUGUAGGUAUUUUAUACAAAGAGUGUGGUUAUCAUGUACUUGAUUAGGUUGUUCCAUAAAACUUCUAAGCCGUACACAGUUGUCUUAGGCACUUAGAAUAGUAAUACAUCCAAGACUGCAGCAGCCAUCGUCCAUAACAAGUAGGGUGUACAAUUACUGGAGGGUGAGGGUGUUUUCUUCAUUGUGGUAAUAGGUUUAUUCUGUUUAGAAAAUGAGACUCUAAAAAGAAGGUAUAAGCCUUAGCUGUAGGGGGGUUGGAGAAAGGAGUUAGCACAUAUUAGGGAGCUCAUGAUGAUAAUGUUACAGUUAUAAUUACUAUGGGAUAAGGAAGAACAACAAUGUCAGGGUAAACUAUACCUAGUGUUUCUUUCCUGUGGCAGAAUUUAAAGCUGGUAGGAACCUUGUAAAGUGUGCCCUCUAGGUACGUCUCACCUGAAGUCUGUCUACUGCAGCUAACUCUCAUUUAUCACGGUGUGUUAAACGUGUUAACAAAAUCCUCAUCACAGGAACACAUCUCUGGUGCUAUUGUAAGAUCAGGCAUUUUGACACCAAAAGGCUACACAUUUUCCAUGUGCCAUUUUGAAUUUUGCACUUACGUGAAGGAUUUCAAUUGGUGUUAUCCUUUCGUCGGACAUUAAAGGUAUUUUAAAUAAAUGGACUUUUAAAUGUAUUUCAGAAGCAACAAACAAUAAGAAUUCAAACCUAGAUUAGGGGGGCACCUGGAUGGGUCAGUCGGUUAAGCAUCCUU